AUGCUAUACGAGCAAGUACGCAUCUUUGACCGUGAAAUCACGGGCUUCGCCCAAACUAUCGUGAGCGACCUGACGACAAGGCUGCUGGUCAACAGCCUCAGCUUCGAGUUCCGACUUCGCGGCACAGAUGAUCCAAACAAGGCAGACCCUGAUAGACGUCGGAAAGUGUCCAAGACUCAGUGGAACUACGCCCACUGUUUGCGGGAGAUAUUGUCCCUCUUUGCUCUAAACAAGACUGCCGACGCGGUCGCCCAGGUCACAGCGAGCAUACAUAUGUACAUCGGUCAUGGGGGAGCAAACAUUCUGGUGCAGGAUCCACAGAAUGUUAUGUUCGAAAAUCAUGCCAGAAACCCGGAGGACAUGGCAGCCAUUCUGCUGUUCGUUUUGCCGAAGCUCGAGUUCCUAAGGAUAAAACUCGAUCCAAUAUGGGACGAAAGUGAAAGCGGAACAGAGGGAAUCGCCGGUGGUCUGGACGGUGCUGUUCAGCAAGGCAACGCAGUACUUUCCUCAGUCGAGGACCUGCGUAUCAAAGAUUCUGGCGCUUUCUUUGGAGACUUGAGCCAUCGAGUAUACAGGCAUCCAAAAGACUACAAUGAAUGGCGAGAAAUCGGUCACGGCUUUGUUGACGCCUGGGAGGACGACCACGAAGAUGAUGACGAUAACGAUGAUGAUGAUGAUGACGUCGAAUCAACCGUCCGAACGCGGCUGGACAAUGUACUCGGGACGGUAGAUCUGCGAGAAUUCGGGCAAUUGAAGAAGGCUGCAUUCCUCAUCACAGACUUCGUCGGCUGGGCCCUCGAUCGUCGUGGCUGCAAGAAGCCGCCGCCCCCGCCCAUCUCUCAUAUGGUGCCGUCUACGAUACAGGAGAUCACCUUGAGGUAUGAUGAUAUGUUCGGAAUGAAUUAUGUUACCAUGGAACUGAUAACAUUCGACGAGUUGGAAUUCCGUCCUAUCGAAGCCCUCAUUAUGGAAGUCGGGGAGCCAUACAUUGCAGGCGAUUUGCACAUUGAAGCAACGAGGGUACCGUGUCUGAAGAAGAUAU